CUCCUCCUCCUCCCCACUCUUAGCGCAUCUGCUAGACUCUGGACAGAACGACGUGAGGUUGCGUGGAGAACAUAGCAAUACUGGUGCAGGUUUUUUCAACAUUUAAUGUAGUGUAAAUUAGACUUACUUUGAAAAGUCAUUGAAUGUACCUUAUUUUCAACGGGAAAAUGAUAUACCACAUAAAGUAAAAUAUUAGUAAUUAUCAGUCAUAACCUAUUUAGUUGAAUUAGUUGUAUUAUGGGAGUGCGUUCAUUUGUCACGCUUUAUGCGUGUGCGCACGUAUGUUUAUUCGUUUGCAUACUGCAAACUGUCCAAUCUCAGCGGAAUCCACCAGAGACAAGGCCAGGAAAUAACCAAGCCGCAGGUACAUUACGGCAGACAAUACAAUGGGCGCACAAUGGUAAAGUUUUUAGCCUUCUGAGUCACGGCUCGGAAUAUCGACCACCAAAGCAAAGAGGCGCCGAUAAAGAGCAAGUCCAAGAGAGACCUGUCACCAUCAUUAGCGAUGGGGAAGCCAAAAAACCCUCUGAUUCAUCGAAACCGCUUCCCUCAUCUAUUCACACAGUGUCCGGCGCAGGAGCGCGCCCGCGCUGGAUACCACCUCGAGUUUCAAGGCCCCCUAGGGGACGGGGACAGGGGCACCAGCAACAGGAUGCCCAUCCAAGUGGCCUUGCAGAAACGAAGGCAAAUGGCACGACGAAUGGGACACAGGACAAACCGUCACCAUCGCCGAGAAGAGAAGACAUGAUGGCAGGAGAUGAUCCUUACAACCCAUACAAGACCUCAGAUUCAGAUAAUCCUUACUACAAUUACUAUGACGUGUACGAGAGUCCCAGGCGCAGAGAGAGACCUGGAUAUGGCACAAGGUACCAUCAGAACGGUCUGCCUGAUCUUGUGCCAGAUGCAUACUACAUUCAAGCCUCUGCAUAUGUCCAGAGAGUUCCUAUGUACAACCUCCGAUGUGCAAAUGAAGAGAACUGCUUGUCAAGUUCAGCCUACAGAGCAAGAGACUAUGACACCCGCAUGCUUCUGAGGUUCCCACAACGUGUGAAGAACCAGGGGACAGCUGACUUCCUGCCAAGCAGACCGCGCUACUCCUGGGAAUGGCACAGUUGUCACCAACAUUACCACAGCAUGGACGAGUUCAGCCACUAUGACCUGCUGGAUUCCGGUGGGAGGAGUGUGGCUGAGGGACACAAGGCCAGCUUCUGCCUGGAGGACAGCUCCUGUGACUACGGCUACUACAGACGCUUUGCUUGCACCUCACACACCCAGGGCCUUAGUCCAGGAUGUUAUGAUACCUAUAACGCAGACAUCGACUGCCAGUGGAUUGAUAUUACAGAUGUGAAACCUGGGAACUAUGUCCUGAAGAUCAGUGUGAACCCCAGCUAUCAGGUUCCAGAGUCUGACUACAGCAACAACAUUGUGCGCUGUGAGGUCCGCUAUACUGGCAACUACGCCUAUGUGUCAGGAUGUCACGUCUCACACUAUUAAGAGGGGGAUGUCACUCUCCAAACCACUGAGAAGCAAUUCUGUGAAAACUCCAUAGCAGAAAAUGACAGAAAAUUUGUGGAUAAAGCACACAUGGAUAACUGCAAUUAUGUAAAAAUGGCCAUACUAUUACCAAAUUGACAGUUGACCAAUUUGUCUGGUUAAUGGAAGAAAAAAAACUCUGAGGUACAUUUUAUUCCUAAAUUAAGCAUGUUUUUGUAAAGCCAUUCUGUAUGUUCAAUGAGGAGGUAAUAAAAUAUGGAUCUAAUUACUUGAUAGGUUUAGAAUGAAAAGUAUAGCCUCUAUAUUACAUAGCCUAUAGUUGGUUUUAAAAGGUCUAAACCAAAUACAUUGAAUUUCAGAUGUUAAAACCCCACCAACAUUCGAAAUGGCUUGUUUUUUUUACAUAUCAAUUACAAUAUUCAGCACCACAUUGUAUGGAAUCCAUCUUCAGCUUGCUUAAAAAGCACAAAAUGUAGCGCAUGGUGAGAUACAAUUUUGUUUUUAACCAUGGCAUAUUUCCCUCAUCGUUGUAUGUGUUUUACGUCAAACAUAUCAUCACUUUAAUCCACUCUUUCUAUAAUUAUUCACAUUUGCUUGCUAUAGCUUGUAUGUUUACAACUCAAGUUCAAGGUCACUUUAGAUUUUUUAAUUACAUUAAAGGGUUUGAAAAUUGGUAUUUAUUAGCAGUACACAGAUCAGUUUUUUUGUAGGCCCAGGAAUCAACUUCCAAAAAUGAAAUUUAGCAUGAAAUUAAUUAUCAAAUGGAAAAAUAUUCUCUCAGUCCCAUUGCAAAAUGUGUAGAAUUGCAGGAAUUUAACUCUAAAAUGUAUCCUCUGUCAAGAGGUGGGCCACUAAAAUGUUUUGCUCACAAGUUGCCCAUCCCUGAGUAAAAGUAUUUCCCAUAUAGUACUGGAUACUGUACAUACUGUGCCUGUGCUCUGAACCAAAUAUUCAAACAGAAUUAGGAUUCAUUUGUUUUGUGAAAUGCUUUACUUAUGGUUAGUCUGCGAGCUCUCUUUCGUGCUGUUUUGUUUGAUAUUUAUGCAAUGAAAAAGCUCAUAUAACUGCACCGUUUUGAUGUAUUCCAGGAAAUCUACUUGAAUAAAUCAUUGUGACAUUCA